AUGUCUUCAAAAUCCUCUCCCCAAAUCCAAGACAAGAUCAAACAACCCUCAUCCUCAGCCAUUGGUGCAGUGCUCCUUAUAGCUCAACAAUUCGGCUCGCGAGGCCUCACAUUCGUCGUCAACCAAAUCCUGCUGCGCUACCUCUCUCCCGAGCUCCUGGGGAUCUCCACCCAACUAGAAGUCUACUCUAUCACCGUCCUCUUCUUCGCGCGGGAGAGUCUACGUGUGGCUUUACAGCGACAACCUGAUAUCCUUGAUUCAUCAUCUGAAAAAGAUAAGGAUACGGAUGAAGAUGAACAAGUUGGGAAUGAGAAAUUCCCAGAGAAUCACGUGGACGCCAACACGAACGCUGGUCGCACCCAAGCCAUCGUGAACCUCUCCCACGUAUCGAUAUACCUUGGUAUAAUCUUCUCUCUCAUAGUAGGAUGGCUGUAUAUAUACACCUUGGCGAAGGGAGACCCGAUCGUUUUAGCGACGCCGUAUUUCAGGGAGGCAUUGAAGAUUUAUGGCGUGGCUGCUAUCUGGGAACUGCUAGCUGAGCCUUGCUAUGUUGUUGUGCAACAUAAAUCGAGGUUUGGGAUCAGAGCUUCUGCGGAACUAAUGGCUACGGUGUCGAGGUGUCUCGUUACUUGUGGCUCUGCAAUAUGGGCGUCACGGACUGGGAGGGACAUUGGAGUCUUACCGUUUGCGUUAGGGCAGGGCAUGUAUGCUGUGUCAUUGUCUCUAGUGUACUACUUGAAGGUCGGGAGAAUCGCAAGAGAAGGUGGUUUCUCACUGCUUGCGAAGAGGAUAUACUCCCGCGACACCUCAGCCUUCAUCUUCAACCUUCUCUCUUACCCUCUUCUGAAACUCGCCUCAAGCUUCUUCAUCCAAUCCCUCCUCAAACAUCUCCUAACACAAGGCGACACCAUUCUCAUCGCCUUCCUCGCCACCCCGCAAGCGCAAGGUAUCUACGCCCUAGCCGCCAACUACGGCGGGCUCGUCGCCCGCCUCCUGCUCCAACCCAUCGAAGAAAUAUCCCGCAACUCAUUCGGCAAGAUCCUGUCCUCCGUCGAUGGCAAACCAGCGAAGGCUCGCGUGACGGAAGUCAGAAAAACCCUGUUCAUGCUGCUACGCUCCUACGUGCUCUUCUCGGCGUGCGUGGUGGCGGUCGGACCGAGUAUCGCACCGCUGCUGCUGAAGAUUGUGGCGGGCGCGCGGUGGACGAGUUCGGGCGCGGGCCAUGUCCUGGCAACGUACUGCUACUACAUCCCGCUGCUGGCCAUUAACGGGCUGACGGAGGCGUUCGUUUCGUCUGUGGCGACAAAGUCGGAGAUCCACAGACAGACGGUCUGGAUGAUUGCCUUCUCUGUGGGGUUUGCCGGCGCCUCGGUUUUCUUCCUCCGCUUCCUGUCGCUAGGAGCGGAAGGCUUGGUGUGGGCGAAUGCUCUUAACAUGCUGUUUCGCAUUACCUGGAGCACCGCAUUUAUACAGUCCUACCUACACCGCUACGAGAGUAGGUUUUCAUUCGGUGAACUUCUUCCUAAGCCUUUGACGAUUGCUGCGGGCGUCGGUACAUACGCUGUGCUGGCACAGCUGGAAUCUGGGUUUACUGGCGGAAUCAUGGAUAUUAUUAAAAGCGGAAGCAUAGCUGCGGUAUUCUUAGUACUGAUGUGA